AUGCGUCUCAUCCCCGUCCUCACAAUCCUCUUCACCGCUUCAGGGCUGGUGCACGCUGCUCCUGCCGAUGAUGAAGCGCAUCAACAUGCUGAGCACAAACGACAGCUUGGCAGCAGCGCUGGUGACCUUGGCAAAGACGCGACUUUCGACUAUGUUAUCGUUGGAGGUGGAACUGCGGGCCUCGUCAUGGCAAACAGACUGAGUGCCAAAAAUGGUGUUACGGUUGCUGUCAUUGAAGCUGGUACAUUCUACCAGAUCACCAACCCCAUUAUAGGCAACACACCCGCCGGUGACACUCUUUUUGCCGGUUCCAGCCCACUCGACACAAACCCUUUGGUUGACUGGAACUUCGUUACUCAGCCACAAGAGGGUGCCAACAACAGACGCAUUCACUAUGCUCGUGGAAAGUGCCUUGGCGGAAGCUCGGCUCGCAAUUUCAUGAUCUAUCAGCGCGGCACCAAGCAGUCUUACCAGAAAUGGGCGGACGCUGUUGGCGACGACAGCUACACCUGGGACGCUCUUCUUCCUCAUUUCAAAAAGAGUGUUAAAUUCACGAAGCCCGGCUCUUCCCGUGCUGCCAACGCCAGCGCAGAGUACAAUCCCGAUGCCUUCUCCCCAGCAGGCGGUCCGCUACGCGUUUCGUAUGCCAACUACGCUCAGCCUUUCAGUACCUACCUUGAGCCCUCGCUUAAUGAGAUUGGCAUCCCUCCUAUUCAGGAUUUCAACAGCGGUGAGCUGAUGGGCGCUCAGUACUGUGCUGAUACUAUCGCUCCUGAGACCCAGAAGCGUGAAUCCAGCCAGACGUCAUUCCUCAACGAGGCCAUUGGGCGCAAGAAUCUGAAGGUAUACCAGCUCACUCUGGCGAAGAAGAUUCUCUUUGAUGGCAACAAGCAAGCCACUGGUGUCGUUGUGACUUCCAACUUGGGAUUUAGCACGUACACUCUGAAGGCCCGAAAGGAAGUCAUUCUUUCAGCUGGCGCAUUCCAGAGCCCACAGCUUCUUAUGGUCUCUGGCGUUGGGCCCCGUGAUCAACUCCAAAAGUUCAAAAUCCCCAUUGUCGCCGAACGUCCUGGCGUUGGUCAAGGGAUGGAAGACCACGUCUUCUUCGGCCCUACUUGGCGCGUUAAAGUCCAGACUCUCACCCGUCUUGCCAAUGAUCUCCUCUACACGGCCGCUCAGUUUGCGAUUCCCUACACUGUUCUGAAGCAGGGUCCUCUUACCAACCCUGUCUGUGACUUCCUUGGCUGGGAGAAGACGCCCCGUGACUUGAUCAGUCAAGAGGCCGCCGACGUUCUCGACUCUCAGUUCCCCCCGGACUGGCCAGAGAUUGAAUAUCUCACUGCCCCAGGAUAUGUCGGCAACUUUGCCAACCUUCUCCUGACUCAACCCAAGGACGGCUACCAGUACGCUACUAUCUUGGGCGGUCUUGUCGCGCCGCUCUCUCGUGGAACCGUCACCCUCGCCUCGGCCGAUACUAAGGAUCUUCCUCUUAUUGACCCUAAGUGGCUUACUGACUCGACCGACGUCAGUGUCGCUUUGGCCACAUUCAAGCGUCUUCGCCAGGCAUUUGCCAGUAACGCGAUGCGUCCAGUGUUGGCCGACAACAAAGAAUACUACCCGGGCCCCGCCGUUGAGACAGACGAGCAGAUUCUCCAGACCAUUCGCAACUCUGUAAUGACCAUUUGGCAUGCGGCCUGCACUUGCAGAAUGGGCAAGAGUGAUGACCCCAAUGCUGUUGUUGACAAGGACGCCAAGGUCAUCGGCGUCAGCGGAUUGAGGGUAGUCGACGCCAGUAGCUUUGCGCUGCUGCCCCCCGGCCAUCCUCAAAGCACAGUUUAUGUGCUUGCGGAAAAGAUUUCUGCCCAAAUCCUUGCAGGGAAUUAA